AUGUUCAAGCCCACGCCCUCUCUGCAGAAGAUGCUGCGGCGUCUGCCGCUCUCCCCGAAACAAGCCGGCAAGGAAUACUACAAGGGAAACCGCGUGGGGUCCAUGGGCACGAUUAACAAAUACGGGAAUUUCACACCAGACUGGAGUAAAAUACGGACAUAUGUGUAUCCGAUACAUGGCACCAAGAACAGCGAGUUGACACCCUUUGUGGAUGCAAGCCUAGAGAAAGUACGAGACUUGGACUCGGGCACCGCGCAAAACUACCCCAAGCGUUUCACCGGUGAGGAUUACCUGAGGGCAUGGAAGAUGUCGGGUGGACAUGAUAUUGUGGAGACUGCAGAUAGCGCAUCGGAUUCGAGCAGAAACAUGCCAACACCUUUCGAGGAACGACCUGCGACAAAAUCAUGA